GGGCUUGAAUUCUCUAGGAGGAGGACAAUCGCCUUUCAUGCUCGCAGCAUUGUAACAUUUUCCCCCGGCCGAUGCUUGCAUGCUUGUUUUAGUCCUGUGCACGUUUACCUCCCUUAAAAAUCCAUUAAUUUAGUUAAAAUCCGAAUCAGCCGUAAGGGUUCGUCGUCGCUUUUGCACUCGACCCUUUUUGAGUCGACUCAUCUUUUUAUGCCUGAUCUAUUGGGGUUCAGAGUGGGUGUUGUCACAGGACAAUGAUUGAGAGACCCGACUCAGCUGUUUCCAGCGUUGCACAGAGGAAUCUGGAGGGUUAUGUCGGCUUCGCCAACCUCCCCAACCAGGUGUACAGGAAGUCAGUGAAGAGGGGGUUUGAGUUCACACUCAUGGUUGUCGGUGAGUCUGGAUUGGGCAAAUCCACGCUUAUCAAUUCCCUCUUUCUGACAGACCUGUACUCCAAAGACUACCCUGGCCCAUCUCAAAGGAUCAAGAAGACUGUUCAGGUGGAACAGUCCAAAGUGCUGAUAAAGGAGGGGGGCGUCCAGCUCACUCUGACCAUCGUAGACACACCAGGCUUUGGAGAUGCAGUGGACAACAGCAACUGCUGGCAGCCCGUCAUCAACUACAUCGACAGUAAGUUUGAAGACUUCCUGAAUGCUGAAUCCCGCGUAAACAGGAGGCAGAUGCCUGACAACAGGGUGCACUGCUGCUUGUACUUCAUCGCCCCCUCUGGUCACGGACUGAAGCCUCUUGAUAUUGAGUUCAUGAAGCGUCUUCAUGACAAAGUCAAUGUCAUCCCCCUCAUCGCCAAGGCUGAUACUCUCACGCCAGAGGAGUGCCAGCUGUUCAAAAAACAGAUUAUGAAGGAGAUCCAGGAGCACAAAAUCAAGAUCUAUGAGUUUCCUGACACAGAGGAUGAUGAGGACAGCAAACUGAUCCGAAAGAUAAAGGAGAAGAUGCCUCUGGCAGUGGUUGGUAGCAAUGUGGUGAUCGAAGUAAAUGGCAGGAAGGUUAGAGGGCGUCAGUACCCCUGGGGUGUGGCAGAAGUGGAGAACGGUGAGCACUGUGACUUCACAGUCCUGAGGAAUAUGCUCAUCAGGACUCACAUGCAGGACCUGAAGGACGUGACCAAUAAUGUUCACUAUGAAAACUACCGGAGUAAGAAACUAGCAGCCGUGACCUGCAACGGGGUCGACGCCACCAAGAACAAGGGCCAGCUCACAAAGAGUCCCCUGGCCCAGAUGGAGGAGGAGAGGAGGGAGCAUGUGAUGAAGAUGAAGAAGAUGGAAACAGAGAUGGAGCAGGUCUUUGAGAUGAAGGUCAAAGAAAAGAAGCAAAAGCUGAAGGACUCUGAGGCAGAGUUGGAGCGGCGUCACGAACAGAUGAAGAAGAAUCUAGAAGCUCAGUAUAAAGAGCUUGAGGAGAAGAGGCGCCAGUUUGAGGAGGAAAAAGCCAACUGGGAGGCCCAGCAACGCAUCCUGGAGCAGCAGAAACUUGAUGCAUCAAAGACAAUGGAAAAGAACAAGAAAAAAGGAAAAAUCUUUUAAAGACAUCAUGAAGCUCCAUUCCUUAUAAAACCAGAAACUCCUUGCAUCUCUUUUGAUGCUCUGAUGUUUUAUGACCCCAUAAGAAACGCAUGCUGGAGUGCUGUGCUACUGUACAGUUUACUGCACAUUCCAUUGCAACAUGAAUGAAAUGUAGGAUAUUUUUAUAGUCACAUCCACACACGACUUUAUCGCCCUCUUCUGUUUGACUAUUAUAUUGCACCACAUGCCCAGUAUGUCAAAGUGUUUGUUCACGACCUUUCGAUUAGAAUGAGAAUAUUGACCAACAUUCCUUUGAAACUUUAAAUUGUGGUUAUUACAAACAAUACUUCAUGUUUGUAAUAAUUUCUGACUGUACAGACAGACAUGUUCAACUCUGCUGUCCACAUUCACACAUCUUAGUGUUAAGAUGGUCUUAUGGUAGGUUCGUAUGGGUGUGAUGGAGAAUGAGACAGACAGACAGAAGCAAGUGCAGAGUUACUACAGAGCUAAGCAUGUAUGCGUUGAAAAGCAAAGCUAUGGAUAAAUGGUUUGUUUUUUUGGUUUCUGCUGGUGUGUGAGACAUGAUGUUGUGUGUUUCUUUGGGGUCAUAAACAUUUGAAGACCGGUUUUAACAUUAUUGCACAGCUAAAUUAUGACUUUUAACAGUUUUCCAUGUGUUUAAACCCAUUCGCUGGCUGUGUACGUAGAUAAUUGUGUCCCUACCAUAAAUGGUGUUAUACAAAAUGGCAUGGUUGUCAAUAUCAAUAACAAUAGUCAUUUUUGAUAUGGAUGGAUAUAAAAUAAUUACAAUAAUAUUAUA